AUGAUGACAAAUGACACAGGAAACCAAGUUUCUGGGCUCAAUUAUAAUGAAGAAAGAAAAAAGCAGUUGGUGGAGAAUGAGUGUUUGAAAGGUAAUGAGAUAGUUACAAAGGAUGUUGUUGAAAGUGAAUUGCACAUUGGAGUACCCAUUGAAGAUGAAACAUCUGUGCCAGUGGUUGGAAUGAAGUUCCAAAAUUACGACAAAGUGUUUGAAUUUUACAAAAAAUAUGCCGCUCGUGUGGGUUUUCCAGUUAGAAAGAGAAGUUCAAGGAAAGACGAAGACGGUGUCAUAAAAAAUGCAAUGUUUACUUGUAGCCGAGAGGGACAAAAAAUGAAAUCAACUUCCGCUACUUUCAAACCACAACCCACCAUUAAAAAUGGGUGUGAAGCUCGGUUGACAGCUUGUUCGGAUAUUACGGGGACGUGGAAAAUUACAGGUGUCCAUCUCGAGCAUAAUCAUGCUAUAAGUCCCUCUAAAUCAAGAUUAUAUCGUUGCCAUCGUCAGUUAAGCACCAAUAUUAAACGACGACUUGAGAAGAAUUUGAGCAGGGUUGGAUCAAUAUGGUUCACUUGUAUGAACUACACGAGAAUGAGUGGUAUGGUUUACUGUGAGAUUAUAUCCAAAGAGGAUGGAUGUGAGAAAUUCUUACGGGGACAUAAAUACAUAGUUCAGGAGGAUGUUAUUUGCAAUGGAAAAAAAUAUAAAAAAUUCUACAUUGUUCAAACUCAAAAGGAAUCAGGAAACUUUGUUUGUAGUUGUCAUUUAUUUGAGUUUCGAGGGAUAAUUUGCAAACAUGCUAUCACAGUUUUGAUUCGCAAUGAUGUGACGUCCGUUCCUGACAUGUAUAUAUUGAGGAGGUGGAGAAGAGAUGUGUGUAGAUCAUACCAAAGGGUGAAGAUCAACUAUGAUGGUUGGAUCUCGACACCUGAUCAAUUACGAUAUGAUAAUUUGUGUCGUGCUUUUGCAGUGGUGGCCGACAAGGUGGCGAAUGAUGAUGUGAGAGCAAGUAAGCUUAUGGAGUGGAUCGGAUCUGUUAUCCAAUGA